AUGUACGAUGAUGCGGAUUUGGCGGUACUGCACAAUGGAAAAAUCAGUGCACCCUUCCAGACGAACACUGGCAUUAUGAGUGAAGUGUGCAGAUCGAACCGCGGCAUAACAUGGAGCCUCACCAGACACCUAGAGGAUCUGGACUACGCGGACGACAUCUGCCUCCUAGUUCAUAGAUUCACCGUCAUCCAAGCCAAAUGCAGUGACCUCGAAGCUCGGGCCAAAGCAGUUGGACUCUCCAUCAAUGCAUUGCAAUGCAGCAAAAACCAAAGCGAUGCGGAUCCUCCACUCUCACCAAAGCAGGAUCACCAUAUGCGGGAAAAGUGUCGAAUCAGCAGAAAAACAAAGCUGAGAAUAUUCAAUGCGUGCAUCAAAUCCGUACUGCUGUACGGAUCGGAAACCUGGCUGACAUCGCAAAGAAUGGUACUAAAGCUGCAAGCCUUCGUCAAUAAGUGCCUAAGGAUCAUAUGUGGUAUAUUCUGGCCAAAUAGAAUAACCAAUGAUGUGGCGCUGCACAAACGAAGCACCAAUCCAGCAGCAGAUAAAGAAGAAAAAAUGGAAAUGGAUUGGUCAUGCACUAAGGAAAGGUAUAGUCAGGAUGGCCCUGGAGUGGAACCCGCAAGGAAGCAGAAGAGUGGGACGCCCCAAGCUAACCUGGCUCCGAUCAACAGUUCGCGAACUCGCUGA